UACUAACAGCGGCCGUUUAAUCGGUUCCCUUAGAAAUAUAUUUUUCAUUUUAUAAAUUCAGUAAGAAUUUGAGCAUUGCUCAAACUGGUACUCUCGCGCUAAAGAAAAAAGGCCUUUAGAAAUCUAAAAACUCAAAAAAACAAAACACAAAACGUGUAUCUACCGUAUCGUGAAAGAUAAGCACGUGGGAUUUAUUUUAGAACGAAGUGUAACAAAAAAUAAAAAAGUAAAGUGUGUGGUUUAAACACAAAUAAUUAAAUAAAACUAAAAAAUAAAUAGUUUUUUUAAUAAAUUUAAAAAAAAACACAAUUAAAAAAAUGCCUUCCAAGGGUAAGCAAUUGUUAGUUAUUGGCAGUGGUGGCCGCGAACACGCCAUUUGUUGGAAAUUGUCACAAAGUUCUCAAGUAUCGAAAAUUUUUGCUUUGCCCGGCAGUUUUGGCAUUGAGCAAUUGGAAAAAUGUGAAAAUCUUAAGGGUGUGGAAGCCAAAGAUUUUGCGGCCACCGCUAAAUGGUGCAAAGACAAUAAAAUCGAUUUGGUAGUUGUGGGACCUGAAGAUCCUUUGGCCAAUGGUUUGGGUGAUGUUUUAAAGACAGCUGGUAUACGUUGUUUUGGACCCGGCAAACAGGGUGCCCAAAUAGAAGCUGACAAAAAAUGGGCUAAAGAUUUUAUGUUGAGACAUAAUAUACCCACAGCUCGUUAUGAAACCUUUGUGGAUUGUGAUAAGGCCAAGGAGUUUAUAUUAAAUGCCCCCUACAAGGCCUUGGUGGUGAAAGCAGCUGGUUUGGCUGCCGGCAAAGGUGUUGUGGUAGCCGCCAAUCCCUCGGAAGCUUGUCAAGCGGUCGAUGAAAUUUUGGGUGCCAAAAAAUAUGGCUCCGCUGGUGAAACUUUGGUGAUUGAAGAACUUUUGACGGGAGAAGAAGUAUCCGUUUUGGCUUUUGUCGACAACAAUACCGUACAAGCCAUGUUACCGGCCCAAGAUCACAAAAGACUUUUGGAAAAAGAUCAGGGUCCCAAUACCGGCGGUAUGGGUGCCUAUUGCCCCUGCCCUUUGAUUUCCUCCGAAGCUUUGGAGUUGGUUAAAAAAGAAGUUUUACAGCGUGCUGUAGAUGGUUUGAAAAAGGAGGGCAUCGAUUAUAAGGGUGUCUUAUAUGCUGGUCUAAUGUUGACUCCUGAUGGACCCAAGACUUUAGAAUACAAUUGCCGUUUUGGUGAUCCAGAGACACAGGUUAUUUUGCCUUUGUUGGACUCGGAUUUGUAUGAAGUGAUGUCGGCCUGUUGUGAUAAUAAAUUGGCUGAGGUUCCUUUGAAAUGGCGUUCGGGUGUUAGUGCCGUAGGUGUGAUAAUGGCCAGUGCUGGUUAUCCGGAAACUUCCACUAAAGGCUGUGUAAUUGAAGGUAUUCCUCCAAAUUCCAACGAUCAAAUUGUUUUCCACAGUGGUGUAGCCGUUAAUAAGGAUGGCAAAUAUGUUACCAAUGGCGGACGUGUCUUAAUAGCCGUAACUUUGCGCUCUGAUUUGAAACUAGCCGCCUCUGAUUCCACAAAAAUCUGUCAGGGCAUUACCUUUGCAGGAGCUGGAGCCCAAUUCCGUACUGAUAUCGCCGAAAAGGCCUUUAAAUUCCAAAAGUCUUCUCAACCUUCUUUAUCCUACAAGGAUAGUGGUGUUGAUAUAGAUGCCGGCGAUGAUCUGGUACAACGUAUUAAACCUUUAUCGCGGGGUACUCAAAGGCCCGGAGUCAUAGGAGGUUUGGGUGGUUUUGGUGGCCUGUUUAGGUUAAAUGAGUUGUCGUAUAAGAAUCCGGUUAUUUGUGAGGCCACAAAUGGGGUGGGCUCCAAGAUACAAUUGGCCUUGGGUCAGGAAUUAUAUGAGACUUUGGGUUAUGAUUUGUUUGCCAUGUGUGCUAAUGAUAUUUUGGAAUCGGGUGCUGAACCAGUGGCCUUUUUAGAUUACAUAGCCUGUGGUAAAUUGCAUGUGCCCUUGGCCGCUCAAAUUGUUAAGGGUAUAUCAGAAGGUUGCCGUGAUGCUAGAUGUGCCUUAGUGGGUGGUGAAACCGCCGAAAUGCCCUCCGUUUAUGAGGUGGGUAAAUACGACGUGGCCGGUUAUUGUGUGGGCUUGGUUGAAAAGGGUUUGGAAUUACCCAAAUUUGAGCUGUAUGAAGAAGGAGAUUUGCUUAUAUCAUUACCUUCCUCGGGCUUACAUUGUGGUGGUUACAAUGCCAUUUUAACAUCUUUGAAAAAUCAAGGUGUUGAUAUUACCCAAAAGUCUGAAUUUGGUGAUUUGACAAAAUCUUUAGGCUACAAUUUAGCUAAACCUUCUCGCGUUUAUGUUCUGGAAGUCUUACAACUUGUACGCUCGAAAAUUGUUAAGGCUGUAGCUCAUAUUACCUCUGGUUUAAUACCCGAUGUGGCCCGCAUUUUGCCCUCAAAAUACGAGAUUUCUUUAGAUUUUGGCGAUCUCAAAGUACCCGAAGUGUUUGGUUGGUUGGCUGGCAAAUUGAAGCUUAACCCCGAGUCCUUACUGCAAAAUCUUAACUGCGGCAUAGGCAUGGUAUUGGUGGUACCGAAAAACUGCACCGAUUGGAAAUCGAUUAAGGGUGCCAAAGUAUUGGGUGUGAUUAAACGCAAAAUUGCCAAUUGUCCUCAAAAAACCCAAAUUGAAGUUAAAAACUUUGAAGAGGCCUUGGAGAAAUACGAAAGCAAAUUUGGCGCUGUGGGAGAAAAUGAAUUAAUGGAACCAAAUUAUCAUGAUUUACAGGGUUCUCUAAUCGUGAACUCAGAACAGAGAGAGGAAUUGCAUAUAGCUCAAAAUGGCCGCAGAUUGACGGAAGUUCCAAAAACAUUUAAGGAUCCCAUUUUGAUUAUGGGUACCGACGGUGUGGGCACCAAAAUCAAAAUAGCCCAACAAACCGGUAGGAAUUCUACCGUGGGUAUUGAUUUGGUAGCCAUGUGUGUUAAUGAUAUUCUAUGCAAUGGAGCCGAACCUUUUACCUUCUCCAGUUAUUAUGCCUGUGGUGAGCUGAAGGAAGAUCUGGCCGAGGAAAUAGUAGAUGGUGUGGUGGAGGGAUCUCGCCAGGCUGGUGCUAGUUUAAUAGAGUCUCAUAUAGCUGAGAUUCCAUUGCUGUACAAAUCGGAGGUUUAUGAUUUGGCUGGAUUUUCAUUGGGUAUUGCCGAAUAUGCACGCAUUUUGCCCCACACCGAUAAAAUACAACCUGGUGAUGUUCUCAUUGGUUUACCCUCAUCCGGUGUUCACAGCAAUGGCUUUAGUUUGGUUCACGCUGUUAUGAAAUUGGCAGGAGUUACUUUUGAUGAUAUUGCUCCCUUCAGUGGCUCGACAUUUGGUGAAGAGUUCCUAAGACCUACGAAAAUUUAUGUUAAAGCUUUACAGCCUCUUAUUGAACAAGGUUUGGUAAAGGCCAUGGCCCAUAUCACUGGCGGAGGUUUGACUGAGAAUAUACCACGUGUUUUGAGAAAAGAAUUGGCAGUACAACUAAAUGCUGAAGAUUUUGUUAUACCACCGGUAUUUGCUUGGCUGGCCCAAGAGGGCAAUGUUAAACCAGCGGAAAUGCAAAGAACCUACAAUUGUGGUUUGGGCAUGAUCUUGGUGGUAGAUCCCAAAUAUGAACAACAGGUUUUAGAGCUGGUACAAUUUACUGAACGUGCCUCUAAAGUAGGUGUGGUUAAACAAAGACAGUCUCUGACAGCUCCUCAAGUUAUAGUGGACAAUUUUGAAAAAUGUUUAGAAAAAACCAAGCGUGCUAUAAAUACUCCACGUAAACGGGUGGCAGUAUUGAUAUCGGGGUCGGGUACCAAUUUGCAGGCAUUAAUUAAUGCCUCCAAAGACUCUUCACAAUACCUAAACUCAGAUAUUGUGUUGGUUAUAUCCAAUAAAGCCAAUGUUAAGGGUGUAGAGAGAGCCCAAAAUGCCGGCAUACCCACAGUAGUAAUAAACCACAAAGACUUCAAAUCCAGAGAAGACUUUGAUGCUGAAAUGUCCAAGCAUUUGCUACAAGCUAAAGUAGAUGUUGUUUGCUUGGCAGGUUUUAUGCGUGUUCUAAGUGAACCAUUUGUCAAACAAUGGAAGGGUAAAUUGCUGAAUAUACAUCCCUCUCUGUUGCCCAAGCAUCCGGGUUUGCAUGUACAAAAGAAGGCUUUGGAAGCGGGCGACAAGGAAUCCGGCUGUACAGUGCAUUUUGUGGAUGAGGGUGUUGAUACUGGUGCCAUAGUAGUACAAUCGGCUGUGCCAAUUUUAGCCGGCGAUACUGAAGAAUCUCUUAGCCAGCGCAUACACAAAGCUGAGUAUUAUGCUUUCCCCAAAGCUUUACGUUUGGUAGCCACGGGAGCCGCUCGCUUAAGUAAAGAAGGCAAAGUUGUAUUUGCCUAAACAGCGGCUUGAAAAGACAUAUAACGUAUAUAUAAAUGAAAAGAAAAAUAGUGUAUAAAAUUAAUUUAAGUUAAACCGACCAUGAAAAGUAAUAAAACUAACCAAAAAUAUUUAUUUUUCUAAAUAAAAAUAAACAUAUCACAAAUGAAGAAUAAAACUAAA